UGUCACGCUACACGCGUUUAAUAUCACGGCGGUGACCACCCGGUCCUCAAAUGAUUUGGCGUUCCUCCGCCAAUAAAUAAAUAAUAAUAAAAAAUAAAAAUAAAAAUCCAGAGGAAGGAGGGAUUCAUUCCCAGGAAGGCAGCAGAGAAGCACCGAGGACUCCGCCCCAAUCUCCAAGCUUCAGUCCGAAGUGGAGAAGAGAAACACCGCAGGCCUGACUGAGAGACCAAAGAAAAAGGAGGAGAAUAAAAAAAAAAAUGCAAUGCAUGCGGAGAUGUACUCGUUUCUGAAGGAGUAGAGGCGGGAGGAGGAGGGAAACACCCAGAGGGAGCAGAACACAAAAGCACAAGUGGAGGUGCCUGCAACCAUGAGCGGCUGCUUGCCUGAGCCGCGGCUGCCGCUGCCUCUCCCCCCGCGGAGCACAUCGUGAGGUGCGCCUCAGGAACCUGUCAGCCGAAACGACACGCCGAGGAGAACCAGGAGGAGGAGGAGGUGGUGGUGGAGGUGGGGCGGUGGUGGUCGAAAAGAUGUCCGCCUCGGUGGGGCCCCAGGGCGGCCCUCGCCCACCCACCGUGCCGCCGUCCAUGCCGGAUCUGCCGGACCUUAGCCACCUCACCGAGGAGGAGCGGAAGAUCAUCAUGGCAGUGAUGGCUCGCCAGAAGGAGGAGGAGGAGAAAGAACAAGCCAUGCUUAAGACACUGCACCAGCAGUUUGAGAGCUACAAACAGGAAGUACGUCGCAUCGGGGUCGAGACGCGUCAUCAGCCGACGCAGCAGAAGGAUGACGCUCCCACCUGCGGCAUUUGCCGCAAGACAAAGUUUGCUGAUGGCUGUGGUCACCUCUGCUCAUACUGCCAGACCAAAUUCUGCGCUCGCUGUGGAGGGCGGGUCUCUUUGCGCUCCAACAAUGAGGACAAAGUGGUAAUGUGGGUUUGCAACCUGUGCCGUAAGCAACAGGAGAUUCUCACCAAAUCAGGAGAAUGGUUUUCGGGGUCAGGAGUGAGGCCCGGGAGCCUGGGCAACUCCCUAAACAACCCAGCCAAAGCAGGUGAGGUUCAGCGUGACAGGAAGCUCCUCCGCUCCAGAUCCCAAGCUUCACCCUCUAGCAAAAACACAGGGCCGCUGGACGGGACACCGUCACCUGCUGGACUCCCCACUGCCAAGGCUGGGGACACCAUGCCAGGCUCUCGCUCCCAAAGCGAACCACCAAAAGAAAAAAAACGACCAGUAUCUCUCCAUGAACAAAAUGGAAGGGGGGUGAUAGGACGGGGCAGUGGUCGCAGACCUGGCAAGCUGCAGUCUCAGUCAUCCCUUGAAGAGCGUGUGAGCACUGAUGACAAAGGAGAAAGACGGUUUGGAGAGGGACGUCGGCUUGAAAAGAUCCAUUCUCAAGACUACGAGGAUGGCGGGGAGGACCUGAGACAUUCAGGGGUGAACCGCAGACGUCCGGAGGACGAAGAACAAAGGGAGAGACAACGCCGCGAGGAGGAGUUUCAGAAUCGUUAUCGGAGCGACCCCAACCUGGCGAGAUAUCCAGUGAAACCCCAAAAAGAAGAACAGGAGAUGCGAAUGCAUGCCAAGGUGUCGAAGGUACGGCACGAGCGCCGACACAGUGAUCUUGCAAUCAAUGAGGUUGGCUUAGGACCAGGUGAAGGAGGAGGUGUAGGGGGCCAUGCACCUUCAAACCGUGUUGCCAGAAGGAGUGGUGGUGGCGAAGGAGACCGCAAAGGCCUCCUUGAGAACCACAGAACCUUUCCUGGUGACAGGACCGUGGGGAUGGGAGGCGGACCUCCGCCUACAGGAGGAGGAGGAGGGAAAUCAGGGUCCCAGACCGGAGGACAAUUGCCUAAUGAUCAGGGCUCAAACAAUUCCCGCCCGGAGUCUGGCACAACUAGGGACAAAAGUGGGGAACACCUGCUAAGGAAAGUCUCACAGAGUUUAGACCAGUCUGACUCUUUGCGGCCACCCCCUCCCCGGUCAUACCAAGGCAAGCGAGGAAUUAACAAGAGGCAGAUGUCCAUCAGUAGCUCAGAGGAGGAGGGUGGGUCCACUCCUGAGUACACCAGUUGCGAGGACGUGGACAUGGAAAGCGUCAGCGAGAAAGGGGACUUGGACUGUCACCCUUUAGAUCCUACAGUGUGGCAUCACCCAGUUACAUGGCAGCCGUCCAAAGAGGGUGACCACCUGAUUGGGCGCAUCACUUUAAGCAAGCGGUCGGCCGUGCCCCGAGAGGCUGGUUCCCUGCUGGGUCUAAAAGUUGUUGGGGGAAAGAUCACAGAGUCUGGAAGACUUGGGGCCUUCAUCACCAAAGUCAAAAAAGGCAGCCUAGCAGAUGUUGUGGGGCAUCUACGUGCAGGUGAUGAAGUCUUACAGUGGAAUGGGAAGUCAUUGCCAGGGGCAACCAAGAAAGAAGUGUACAACAUCAUUCUUGAAUCCAAAGCUGAACCUCAAGUGGAGAUCGUAGUUUCAAGGCCAAUAGGAGACAUUCCAAGAAUCCCAGGGUCCCCUCACCCUCCACUAGAAUCCACUGGCUCGAGCUCCUUUGAGUCACAGAUGAUGGAUCGUCCCUCUAUAUCGGUGAUGUCACCUACCAGCCCUGGCACCCUUCGAGAGCUUCCUCUUGUGCUACCUGGACAGCUCUCUGUGAAGCUGUGGUACGACAAAGUGGGUCACCAGUUGAUUGUCAACGUCCUUCAAGCCAUAGACCUGCCACCUCGACCAGACGGCCGACCUCGGAACCCGUAUGUCAAAAUGUAUUUCCUACCUGACAGGAGUGACAAAAGUAAACGACGGACAAAAACAGUGAAGAAGAGCUCAGAGCCAAAGUGGAACCAAACUUUCAUAUAUUCCCAUGUCCACCGGCGGGACUUUAGAGAGCGCAUGCUGGAGAUCACCGUAUGGGAUCAGCCCCGAGUGCAGGAGGAAGAAAGCGAAUUUCUAGGCGAGAUCCUUAUAGAGCUUGAGACGGCCUUAUUGGACGACACGGCUCACUGGUAUAAACUCCAGACUCAUGAUGUGUCCUCCAUACCUCUGCCUCAGCCCUCUCCAUAUCUUCCACGCCGACAUGUCCAUGGGGACAGUCCGAGCAAGAAGUUACAAAGGUCUCAUCGCAUCAUUGAUACAGAGUUUGAUGAUGGUUUGAUAGGUGGGACUAAAGGUGGAGAGCGUAACUCCCGUGAGAGAGAUAGAAGUAGUACAUUGGCUGUCCCGGAGCAGCAGCGCCCCAUCCAGCACCGCUCCCGAUCAGUGUCUCCUCACAGGGAGGACUCCUGCAGGGCUCGAUCUCGGCCGCCACAUGUGCCCAUGCAAAGGAGUUUGGAUGAGAUUCACCAUAACCGCCACCACUCCCAUUCCCCGUCCCAUUACCACGAGUCUUCCCUGGAGCACCAGCGCUCCGGCGACUCAGAUUAUGAGUAUUCAGAGGACAGCGAGGUCCUGGAGAUGCACAGAUCAAUACGAGGCGGGAGUGCUGAGUGCCUGCACACCAACAGGACGAUAGGUAGAUACAGCACCCUCCCCCCCAAAAUGCCCCUUUUAGUAAAUGGUAUCCAUAAAGACAUUUACAGCUCAACCCUCCCUGCAUGCCUAAAGAGUAAACCAUAUACCAGGCAGGAGAGGGGCGGCACCUUGCCUCGUAGCAUCCUCACACACCGUGUGCUCAGGUUCACAGACGAGGUCACGGUUAGCGACCUGCAGCCAUCCCUGGACAGAGUAAGGAGUGCCAGCACCACAUGUCUAAGACCAGACACCAACUUUCACUCCUCUGACAGAAACAGCUCCUCCUCCACCUCCUCCUCCUGCCCCUCUACGUGUUCCAAUUCUUUGCCCCACAGGACUUCCCCAAACCCCAGGAUCUUAGUAGAACAUGUGGCCCCAGAGGAAGAGAGGGAAAGUAUUAAUUCAUCAAAUCUAAACUGUCCAUGGGGUAGCAGAAAAAGUCUAGAUGGGGAUAGUCGAAUUCAGCCAACCUCUAUCCUGAGGGGCAGUAGAGGGAGAGGGGGGCCCCUAAAGCCCUUUGUAAAGACAGUGCUGUCAGGUUCCUGUCCUAACUCACCACGAACGGACAGAGCAUACCGACAUGGCAGCACUUCUCCUCAAACAGCGAUGUCCAGUCGAAGAGGUCGGCAGCUUCCACAGCUCCCUAUGAAGAGCAGCAGCAUAGAGCAUGCCCUAGCAGUAGAGGAGCGAGCCCGACAGCUGCCAAUGAAAGUACAUUCCUAUCGGCCUUCAGCCUCCCACGAUCCUCAAACAGACGUCCAGACCAAGCGGGAGAUGUACGCAGAGCAGAGGCGCAGUAGUGACAACAUGUCUGCCAGAUCUUCUGACAGUGACAUGAGCGACGUGUCUGCCCUCUCCCGUGCCAGCAGUGCCUCUCGCCUCAGUAGCACCAGUUAUAUGUCCAUACAAUCAGAGCGACCUGGGGGACGGCUCAGAUCCAAGUCUUUAGAGGAAGACAAGAAGGAAAGAAGAAUCUCAUGGGAGGUAAACGGAGAGGAGGAGAGAAAGAGGGAAGCUGGAAAGAGGCGCUUCUCUCAGGAGUUAAAGCGCAGGAGACACACUGUAGCAGGAGACACAGAGGAGUCCAGUCGACAGAUGCGAUCAAUGGGCCGGAACAUGAUGAAGAGCUCCAGUGUGAGUGGUGAGAUCUACACGCAGGAACGCACAGAUGGCAGCCAAUCGGACACAGCGCUGGGCACAGUAGGGGGUGGCAGCAAAAAGAGACGCUCCAGCAUCAGCGCUCGUGUAGUGGCAAUCGUCGGCAAACACCGCAGCCGCAGCACCUCACAGAUCAGUGGUCCAGAGGGGAAGACUAAAAGGGAAAAGGGAGCCCCCAUCCAGAGGAGCACGGAGACCGGCAUGGCUGUGGAGCUGUCCAGGAACAUGAGCCGGCAGCCCAGCAGAGAAUCAAACAAUGGCAGCAUGAACAGCUGCAACUCUGAGGGAAACUUGAUCUUUUCUGGAGUCAAUCUGGGUGCCAGCAGCCAGUUCAGCGAUUUCUUGGAUGGACUGGGACCAGCACAGCUGGUUGGCAGGCAAACACUGGCUACUCCUGCCAUAGGUGACAUUCAGAUUUCAAUGAUAGAGAAAAAAGGCCAGCUGGAGGUGGAGGUAAUCAGAGCUCGAGGACUCGUACAAAAGCCAGGAUCCAAAUCUCUGCCUGCUCCAUAUGUCAAAGUCUACCUACUAAACAAUGGGGCAUAUGUAGCCAAAAAGAAAACCAAGAUUGCACGGAAAACACUUGACCCCCUGUACCAGCAAGCACUACUAUUUGAGGAGAGCCCCCAGGGGAAGGUCUUACAGGUUAUCGUCUGGGGAGAUUAUGGCCGAAUGGACCAUAAAAGCUUCAUGGGAGUUGCACAGAUCCUGCUGGAUGAGCUAGACUUAUCAAACACAGUCAUUGGUUGGUACAAGCUAUUCCCUCCAUCCUCCUUGGUUGAUCCAACGCUGGCAUCCUUGACACGGAGAGCUUCCCAAUCAUCUCUUGACAGCUCCCCGGGACCACCUGGGGUUCGAUCCUAGUGGACCAACAGCUCUAUUCCAUCCCUCAGGGGAAGGGGAAGAAAAACAAACGAGGAAUUAAAUGAACAAGAGAGGCACAUACAAUACAAGGCAGACACGUAGAAAAACAUCGGAAAUGGUCAUUAAGGGAAAGCUUUGUUGAAAUCUGACAAUCACUCCUUCUGCAGUUAUUUUUAUCUGUUGUAGGGAGCGUCAUAUUUCGGUCUUUCGUUUCCAUUCAAAUAACCGUCUCAUAGUCAGUCUCUUGCUCUCCAGUCAGAAUAUGACAGCUAUGAGUGAAU